GAAGAAUAGGAUCCGCUUGCCUCUGUUAUGAGAAACUACCCGCAAAACAAAAGAAUUUUAGCAAGGCAUCCGUGAUUCUCCCACAAUUCACAAAUGACGCAACUGGGCCGUAUAUAAAACUACCACGCAUCCUCUAUUCGAACCAUUACAGCUCGGGUUAGAAGGGGAAAAUGUUUUCGACCAAUUUGUUCCUGUUCACGGUUUCUGCGGCAUUUAUUGCUGAGAUUCUAACGGCACCUCCGAUCGGGGUCAAGUUCAGUGAGUUUUCCUCUUAUUUAUUUUUUUCUUUGACCGACUUGCUGUACCUUCAUUGCCACCACAGAGUAAACAAAUUUCAUUUAAUUAGGUUCUGAAUUUCGCCAAAACUGCUAAAAUAUUGAGAUCAAGAUGAUCAGGGAAUAUUUCAUUAGCCCAAAUAAGUUUCGCUUUUGUUCCCAACCAACAGAGGUGCUUGUUUGGUUUAUGCAUUUCAACUUUUCUCAAUUCCUGUAUAUUCCAUGGUGCGUUGAAAACAGUUUCUGGAAAGAAGACUGCAAAAAGUGCGUCUGCCAGUUCGGAAAAGCAACCUGCAAACCCUUAGAAAAGUGCCGACCCAAUAAAGUUAAAGUCACCCCGGAGUUGAAGGCAGUCGCUGAAAGGGUGCGUGAAUUAUUAAAUGAUACAGAUUUUUUAAAUUCCGUUCCCACGAUUCCACCAGAUACUCCAUACGAAUUGACUUGUAUCCCCGGAGAAGUAUUCAGGAUAAGCUGUGAUUUCUGCCAGUGUCGAAAUGAUGGAAUACCGUAUUGUCAGAAUAAAUAUUGCCCUGAGAAGCAAAAUAACACUCAAUAAGACACUUAUAACUCAAUCCAAUCUGGUAAAAAUUCAUUAAUAAGAAAAUGUUCAAUAUACAAACAUUUUUAAUGCUGAGAGGAAAUGUUUUCAUGAUAAUGAUUUGUAUGUUUUGACAAUAAAUGAGAUACUUUUAA